CCCUGCCCAGCCAGCGGGCGAGGGAGGCGGGGUGACUUCCCCGCUUGCUGCAGGAAGCCGGGCUGUGCGCCGGGGGGGCCAUGCGGCUCCUCUCGCGCUGGGGGACGAUCCUGGCCGGGAGGGGCCCUGCCUGGAGCCGCAGGUGGUAUCAGGCAGGCGCUCUCGUACCCCACCUCGCUGAGCGGCUCUGUUUGUACGAGAAGCUAAAGGCUGCCUACGAUGAGCGAUGUGCAGACCGGGCGCAGAAGGCAGGUGGGCCAAUCCGGAUCUCCCUGCCCGAUGGCCAACAGGUGGAAGGAGAGUCCCUAAGAACCACGCCGUAUCACGUGGCGUCACAAAUCGGCCGGGGCCUGGCUGAGGGAGCAGUGGCCGCCCGGGUGAAUGGGGCUCUGUAUGACCUGGAUCGCCCUCUGGAAAGCAGCGCCGCCUUGGAAUUCUUGGGCUUUGAUUCUCCAGAGGGGCAGGCGAUAUUCUGGCACUCCAGUGCCCACAUCCUUGGAGUGGCAGCGGAGCGAUUCUACGGAGCCCUGUUGUGUCACGGGCCCAGCACAGAGAGCGGCUUCUUCUAUGACAUGUACCUGGCAGGCCGAACUGUGCUGGGCAGCGAGCUCCCAGCCUUGGAGGAGGCGUGCAAGUCCGUCGUCCGAGAGAAGCAUCCCUUCGAGAGGCUGGAAGUGUCCCGAGAGGACCUGCUGGAGCUGUUUAAGUACAACAAGUUUAAGCUGCAGGUGAUCGAGGAGAAAGUGAAGUCACCGACUGCCACGGUGUACAGGUGCGGGGGGUUAAUCGACCUUUGCCGAGGUCCCCACGUCAGGCACACAGGGAAGAUCCGAGCGCUGAAGAUCCUGAAGAGCUCCUCCGCCUUCUGGAAAGGAGACCCAGCUCUGGAGUCUCUGCAGCGGGUGUACGGGAUCUCCUUCCCCAGCCCUGUACGGCUGGAGGAGUGGGAGCAGCUUCAGGAGGAGGCAGCUAGCCGGGACCACCGGAGGAUUGGCAAGGAGCAGGAAUUGUUUUUCUUCCACGAGCUGAGUCCUGGGAGCUGCUUUUUCCUGCCCAGAGGAGCUCACAUCUUCAACACCCUGAUCGACUUCAUCAAGAGUGAGUAUCGGAAACGUGGGUUCUCGGAGGUGGUCACCCCUAACAUCUAUAACGCCAAGCUGUGGGAGCUGUCUGGCCACUGGCAGCACUACAGCGACCACAUGUUCUGCUUCCCAGUCGAGAACGAGACCUUCGCCCUCAAGCCAAUGAACUGCCCUGGUCACUGCCUGAUGUUCGCUCACCGGCCCCGCUCCUGGCGGGAGCUGCCCCUCCGCCUGGCCGACUUCGGGGUGCUGCACCGGAAUGAGUCCUCGGGGACCCUGACUGGCCUGACCCGGGUGCGGCGUUUUCAGCAGGACGAUGCUCACAUCUUCUGCACCCUGGGCCAGCUGGAAGGCGAGAUCGGCGGAUGCCUGGAUUUCCUGCAGGCCGUGUACUCAGUCUUCGGCUUCUCCUUCCGCUUCUACCUCUCCACACGACCGGCAGGGUUCCUGGGUGACGCUCAUGUGUGGGAGCAGGCCGAGCAGCAACUGGAGAAAAGCCUCAAUGAUUUUGGGCAGCCUUGGGAGCUCAGUCCAGGCGACGGGGCAUUUUAUGGGCCAAAGAUCGACAUUCAGCUCAAGGACGCGCUGGGCCGAUACCAUCAAUGUGCUACCAUUCAGCUGGACUUCCAAAUGCCUGUGAGGUUCAACCUGACAUACAUCAGCAAAGAUGGCAGCAUGUCCGAGAGGCCGGUGAUGAUCCACCGGGCGGUGCUGGGCUCUGUGGAGAGGAUGCUGGCCGUCCUGGCUGAGAACUAUAGCCGGAAGUGGCCUCUGUGGCUGUCCCCGUUCCAAGUCAUGGUGAUCCCGGUCGGACCCGAUGUGGAGGUUUAUGCCCGUGAGGUCCGCGAGACGUUCCACCAGGCGGGGUUCAUGGCGGACAUCGAUGCCGACUGGAGUGCCACCCUGAACCGGAAAAUCCGGAAGGCUCAGCUGGCUCAGUACAACUUCCAGCUGGUGGUUGGGAGGAAGGAGCUGUCCAGCCGCACGGUGAACGUCCGCACCCGCGACGCCAGGCAGCACGGGGAACACGGCCUGCAGGAGGUGCUGCUCAGGCUGCGGGAGCUGCGGGAUGCCCGGCUCAGGAACGCUGAGGAGCUGUUCUGAGCCGGUCCCCGCGGCAUGUCAUGGGCUCGCCUCUCCAGGGGAAGCAGGCGGUGAUGAGCGGCCGCCUGUCCGAGUCUGUGAUGGAGCAGGCAAGCCAGGCGCCGGCGGCCUGGUGCACAGGAUUGGGCUGGGGUUGCCAACGGGCAUCAGCCCUCUGUGACUUGCCCUUUGCACUGGUUCAGUGCCACUCCUGGCACAGGGAGGCUACAUCAGCUGCUUUCCAGAUGUUCGUCACCCUAUGACGUCCCCAAGUGUGCGGCUUCCCAGCAGGGUCGGCGCAGACCCUAGACACUCCUGAGAUGUACUGGAGCUGCAUCCACACCCACAGACCAGGGGCAGGGGCCACUUUAGGGGCUGGUGGUAUUGAGAGACCCCCCACCCACCCCCUGGCGAGAGGGGGAGAGAAAUGCACGUUGAUGCUAUAGCAUGGCAGGGGCUGGACCCCCCUGUUUCGGAGUAAGAUGGUCCCUGGAACCUGCAGGCCUGGCCUCGCAGACUCGGGUCCCUGGGCCUGAUUAAAAUGUGUUUUCAAGUCAAGGCAGUGUCACUAGUGGUGGCUACUGGCGCCGAUCAUACCCUGGGCUCUAGCCCUGGGCACAGUGCUGAGCCGCUGGUGAAUGGUUCCCCCCCGGGGGCGAGUGCAGCAGCUGAUGGUUGGCUCUCCCUGCAGCUGAAGCUCUGAGGUCCCUGUUAUGUGAGGACAGGAGCAGCUAGCGGCUUUUCAUUGGAGGAUCUCCAAGCACCUCAUGCACAGUCAGUUGCCCCGUGAGGUAGGUCCGUAGCAGCGUCCCUGUUCCCCCUGGAAGGCUGUGCUGUCUAGUGGGAGGUGCUAGAACUAUUAGGGCUCAGGAUGAAAUCACUCUGGGGAGCGGAGUCCCCCACAUCUGCUACUGGGGGGUGGUUCUGUCCCUCCCUCUGCAGCAUCUGGCGCUGGCCACUGUCCCAAGACAGGACGCUUGGUAGAGGGGCCUCAGUUCUCUUCCAGCCUAGUGAUUCGUGUGCUCCAAUGAACUGGGAGGCAGGACACCUGGGUUCUCUUCCCAGCUUUGCUUCUGGGUGACUGGGUGACUUGCUUCUCUUCUCUCUUUCCCUGCCAUGCAUGAGCCGUUCAGAGCUGGGGCUUCUUAUGAGGUACGUGAGCAGCACCUGGUGCGGCAGGGGCCUGAGCAAUAACAGAUGGGGAAACCGAGGCACAGAGUUAAAUGGCAACUUUUUGCCCCCAUGGCGCCCAUUUGAUGAGAGCACGGGAGCCUGUGCCAACUCGGGAGCAGAAUCUCAAGCUCUGCGAUAACCCCCUGCUCCUCUGCUAACCAAUGGGCAGUACCCCCUGCCUUGCCCUCCUUUCGUUUCGAAUGUGGGGUCAUGCAGAACGGGACCUUUGGAUUUACUGGCUGGGGAGAGAAACGAGCUCUCCUGCACAUGCCACUCGUGGAAGGCUGGAUUGUGCAAACCUGGAUCAUGGUGAAUACUUCCUUGCCCGACUCUCCUCAGUAGCUGCUCACUGACGUGAGUAAUGGUUGCACAACGCUGCCUGUGCUCGGGUGAUGCCUUCCCCCAUCUGUGGCUGCUGAUGAUGCAGUUAAGUGUUUGUGAACGUGCAUGGCUCCAUUGAGCCCCAAAUAAUGUGUGGUCUGGGAGCUAGCAAACAGUGCGGCCUUCCCAAACACCAGCAGAGCCAGGGUGGCCGAAUGCGUAAUGGAGCUGGAAGUGGGGGAACAGCAGCUUUAGUUCUCCAGGCUGAUUGAUUGGUGUAUGGGUCUCGAACUAAGCAGGGUUAGGGUGGGACUUGGAGGGGAGACCUCAGGAAAUCAUGGGCAGAUACUGUCCCUUUGUUGUGUUUGUACAGCACCUGGCACCAGGGCCAUGGAGACUCUACAGUAAUACAAAUAAAUCAUCAUCCUAACACAUCGUCCAUCCCAACAGGAGCUUUAAGUCACUUCACAAACCACCGAUGCAGCCAGUUCUGGGGUGGAACGUGGGAUGCUAUAUCCAACCUGCCGCCCAAGGGGAGACAAGGUGGAGGAGGGGAAUGUCCUUUACUAGACCAACUCCUGUUGGUGGGGGAGACACACUUAGGAGUGACACAGUGCUCUUCUGCUGGUCUGGGGAAGGUACUUAGUGUCAUAGCUAAAUGCAAGAUGGAAGGGAUAGUUUAGCAUAGAUAGUUAGCAUAUAUCCUAAAGGAUCAUCCAAGGUAGAGUGGCCAGUUAACACCUCUGUAGUCAUAGGA